AUGCACAAACUUACCAAUGAGCUGUCAUCUUUGAUAUUAUCGGAAGGUUUGUUGGAUUCAAUAUGUCACAAGUUGUGUAUUCCAACGCCAAGAUCAUCAGUGUUUGAUGGAUGGACUAUUAUUCUUACUGGUGGUGGUGCUGGAAGUAAUAAUAGUCCAACGGCGGAUUCCGUUGAUGUCAAUCUUAUAGAACAACUGAUUGUCGCCUGUGGUGGGGAAAUCGCCGUGGAGAUAACACCUUCUUUGCUCAACAGACGACGGGGAAAUAGUUGUGAUGGAAGUUAUGCACAAGAGUCGGCAAUACAGCAAAAUCGGCAUAUAGCCUUAGUUUCAACGAACUGCUGUCGUACAUUUGCAUACUUGCAGGCGCUUGCUACGUUGGGUAGCAUCCCGAUACUAUGUACUGAAUGGCUACUGGAUGCAUGUCGAGAAGAUGCCAAGACAUCAAGUGGAGAGUCUCGUAAUUGGCCUCUCCACUUAUUACUCACGUAUCCUGGCCGUUAUGAAUUACCUAGAGGAUUCAUAUCUGGAUCCUUGGAACCAGUUAGUUGGUCGUCUAUUUCUGUGCACUAUCGUUCAUCUGCAUACGCGACAAACCCUCCCCCGCUUCCUCCGCCUCCUUCUCCUUCAUUGUUUUCUUUAUGCGGAAAUUGGGCAAGCAGAGAAAUUACUUUUUGCCUAGGCGCAAUAGUUACCAAUGAUAGGGAAGCCUUUGGAUCCGGUUGGUUGAAUAUUGUAUCGAUUGCAUGUGGAUUGAUCAGUGAAACAGCUGAAGGUGUUAGUUGUUCGUCGCCUAGCCAAAUUCCAAUAAUCCCUGUAUCUGAGGCAUGUAGACAGCUUUCAAUGAUGUUUCCGAUAACCAGAUGUAACUAUGGAUGUAAAUCUGUUGAGCAAAAAGUGAAUUUCGUCCUAGUCGACGAAACUGAA